CUCCUCACCCACCGCUCCCCCGACAGCCUCUCGCCCAUUGACAGUCGAGACGAUACACAUCCACCAUGUCGGAAUCCCAGGUCACUCUGCGCACGCGCAAGUUCAUCCGCAACCCACUGCUUGGCCGCAAGCAGAUGGUCGUUGACGUCCUCCACCCAUCGCGCCCCAACGUCUCUAAGGAUGAGCUCCGCGAGAAGCUCGCCGGUCUCUACAAGAUGAACAAGGACCAAGUCUCCGUCUUUGGUUUCCGCACCCAGUUCGGUGGUGGCAAGAGCACUGGUUUCGCCCUCCUCUACGACUCCGCCGAGGCUAUGAAGAAGUUCGAGCCACACUACCGACUGGUGCGCUACGGACAAGCCACCAAGAUCGAGAAGGCCAGCAGACAGCAGCGCAAGCAACGCAAGAACCGCAGCAAGGAGUUCCGUGGUACCGCAAAGACCAAGGGCCCAUCCAAGGACAAGAAGAAAUAAACGAAUCGCACAUAGGGAAUCGGCACUGCCGCAAUGGGUACAGUCUUGUAUCGUAUGCCUGCUGCACAGCGCGAUGGUAUACUCUGGCCUUGAUGAUCAGACUAGAGAUGCACAGCAGCACUGGCUCGGCGUUGACCUGCUUAGAGCAUAGUUAUACCCAGGCAAUAAAAAGCUUCUUCCAUCACUUCCAUCUUCUCUUCUCUUUUGCCGACUAUGUCUCAACAAUGCCAC